GGCUCGCGGGGACUGGCCUUCUUCGGCGGCAGGAGGCGGUCAUUCGAGCUGGGUUUGGGGCCUGAGGCGAGCGAGGGGCCAUGCGGAUGGCGAGCGAGUCUACAGCCCGCUGCCCGGCCCUCCUCCCUCGCACGGCGACGACUCGACGGCCGCUCGAGUAACCGCUGCUUUUGUUCCGGGCGCCUGUCCCUUCCGUCGCCCCAGCCCCUCAAGCCGCCGCGCUCCGGCCGGCCCGCCCUCGGUCCCCGAACACCUAUUCGGCUCGUGCUGCGCGGAUGCGGCUGCCGGACCUGGGUUUGGGCUUUGAGCGGGAGGAGGAGGAGGAGCGGCGGCGCCUGGGCGGCAUGCAAUGGGGAACUGCUGCUGGACGCAGUGCUUCGGGCUCCUCCGCAGGGAAGCCGGGCGGCUGCAGCGUGUAGGAGGCGGCGGAGGGUCCAAGUAUUUUAGAACAUGCUCAAGAGGUGAGCACUUAACUAUAGAGUUUGAGAAUCUAGUAGAAAGCGAUGAAGGAGAAAGCCCAGGAAGCAGCCAUAGGCCUCUUACUGAAGAAGAAAUUGUUGACCUAAGAGAGAAGCAUUAUGAUUCUAUUGUUGAAAAACAGAAAGAUCUUGAUAUGAAAAUCCAAAAGGAGUUAGCCUUACAAGAAGAGAAGUUAAGACUAGAAGAAGAAGCUUUAUACGCUGCACAGCGUGAAGCAGCCAGGGCAGCAAAGCAGCGAAAGCUCUUGGAGCAAGAAAGACAGAGAGUUGUGCAGCGAUACCAUCCUUCAAACAAUGGAGAAUAUCAAAGUUCAGGACCAGAAGAUGACUUUGAAUCUUGUUUGAGAAAUAUAAAGUCACAAUAUGAAGUUUUCCGAAGUAGUAGACUCUCAUCAGAUGCCACAGUUUUGACACCAAAUACAGAAAGCAGUUGUGAUUUAAUGACCAAAACUAAAUCAACUAGUGGAAAUGAUGACAGUACAUCUUUAGAUCUAGAAUGGGAAGAUGAAGAAGGAAUGAAUAGAAUGCUACCCAUGAGAGAACGGUCCAAAACAGAGGAAGACAUUCUCCGGGCAGCACUGAAGUACAGCAGCAAGAAGACUGGAAGUAAUCCUACGUCAGCCUCUGAUGAUUCCAAUGGGCUGGAGUGGGAAAAUGACUUUGUUAGUGCCGAAAUGGAUGAUAAUGGCAAUUCCGAGUAUUCGGGAUUUGUAAAUCCUGUGUUAGAACUGUCUGAUUCUGGCCUAAAGCAAUAUGACACAGAUCAACAAAAACGAUAGGGUAAAAUUGUACGAACUUGUUUAUCAGUUAGUUAUCACCAAAUGUUAAAAACCAACUAGAAUGUAUAAAUAGUUGUGCUGAGCCUUUUUGAAAGGGGGGAGGUAAGAAACCGUGUUGUAAAUGCUUCUUAGAAAGGAAUAGAAAUGAUAGGCUGUAUCUGAAUUGCUUCAGAAUUAAGUGCAAUUUCAUCAUCUGCCUUCUGCUUUUCAAAAACAAUGUUUCUGUCAUGUUAUUACACUCUUUUCUUUAUAGCACUAUUUACUAUUUGUAGAUUUUCACUUUUUAAAAUAGUUUUAUCUCACUUUGAAUGCUUUCUUAGCCCUCUUUCAGUAGCUAACUCUGAAAAUACCAAGGCAUUUUGUGUUACUUCUCAGCAGAUGUGAAGGGAGCAUGAAGGACUGCCAGAUUCAAAUUUAGCACAGUGUUCCCUUUUCCAGCAUUAUUUAUUCCUAUGACUUAUUUAAAUUUUAUUAUCUAAUAGUAAGCACAAUUAAUUUGAGUAGAUGAUCCUAAGGAAGGCUGCAAUACCAGUUUCUUUCUACACUUACUGCAUAUCCUGGUAUAAUAAUGUUGACUCUGAAAAAGGGUAUGUUAUGUUAAAAUAAGCUUUCAAAGUUUGGACUCUUAAAGUUGGUAACCCGAAGUUUAAUAUUUAAGAAAAUAUAUAUACUUAGGUUUUUCACAUCCUUUUACAUGCCAUUAUAAAUGAAUAUGGACUUUAAGUUAUCUGAUAUGUUAAAUUUCUAGGUGUCAUUUUUAAAAAUUAUAUAUUAACAAUGAAUGGCCUUGGAAAGAUUUCACACAGAACAUAUGCUCUGUGCACGAUUUAUUAAGAAAGGAAAACCUAAAAUAUGUAAUACGGGUAUUUUAAAGUAAGUAAAAAUAAAAUCCAUUCUGGUAUGAAAGGAUCCAUUGAUUUUAUUAAGCUUUCCUUUGCCUUGUAAAAUGAGGUACUUUAAUGGGAUAUAAUUAAGUAACUCAAUAUAUGUAACUGCAUUUUAUGAUACACAAUUAUCUUUCCUCUAAAGUUUAUGUAUCAACCUAAAAGGCCAAGGAUAUAAGACACUCCCUAAUUGCUUGUCUUGAUUUUGCUGAGAAUUGAAUAUGAUUUUAGCGAGCAAACUUUUUCCAUUUUUCCUUAGUGUUUUUCUUUUUCUAGUGCAUGUUCUCAAAAAUAUAGGAAGGUCCAGAUAUAAAUAGUAAGUUAAAGUUUUUGCUGUACUUAAAAAAAAAUCAUGUGGCCCUUUCAAUAUUUGAAUUGCUAGGCAAUGACAUCUGUAGUUUUGUCUCCUUUUUUAUCUCAUAGAAAUAAAUGACACUUUAAAUAUGUAAAUAUAUUAAGUAACGCUGUUAUUUAUGUCUAUCUUAAUUUAAGCUGUAGCUAUGUCAUUGGAAAUAUUUUAAAGAAUCUAUAUUCACAUUGCCUGUGUUAUGCUUUUUAAAGUUUAUAUACAUCAGAUGUAUAUUUUUGGUUUGGCAUAAGCUACUAUUGUAAUUUUUCUUGGCAUUUUGUUCAUAAAGAACUUUUUGAAGGAAUGGUUCUCAAAGAUUGUGAAUAAACACAUUUUUACAUUUAAAAA